UCAUCACUGCAUGCUAUAAGGGCUCUGACAAAUAGCCUGGGAGACACAUUAGAAGAAACACUGCUCAGCUGAGGGACUGAGUGAGUGAGACACGCGUAGAUCAAGUAAAGCAGAAAGUAGCUGGGACAUGUGAUACUCACUGCUUUGUGGGAACUACCUAAACAGUGACAUUUUACUUUGUAUGGGAGCCAGGAAACACGACUGCUACCUGUGGAGAUGGGAAGUACAACCAACUCAGAGUACACCAAUAUGACUGCGAUGAACUCGUCAUCGAAUUCAACUGGGACUGAUGAAGGUUUCAGUGCCCCUGUAAUGAUCCUGCUGGGCAUGGUCAUGUCCUUAUUAGUUUUGACUAUUGUCUUUGGCAACAUCCUGGUCAUAACGGCAAUUGCCCGCUUUCAGCGUCUCCAGAAUGUCACCAACUGUUUCAUCACAUCGCUUGCCUGUGCCGACCUGGUCAUGGGUCUGAUUGUGAUUCCUUUCGGUGCCUGUAAAAUUAUCUCUAAUAAUACGUGGUACUUUGGUCAUUUCUGGUGUGACUUCUGGACUGCCACUGAUGUGCUCUGCGUGACUGCAAGCAUUGAGACCCUCUGUGUCAUCGCCAUAGACCGUUAUUUGGCCAUUACUUCUCCCUUCCGCUACCAGUCAAUGUUGACCAAGUGCAAAGCUCGCUUUGUGGUGGUGCUGGUCUGGGUGAUUGCUGCACUGAUAUCUUACCUGCCCAUCCACAUGAUGUGGUGGACUGCUGAUAAUGAUGAAGCUAAAAAGUGUAUAAACCAAACCGAUUGCUGCGAAUUCCACACCAACCAGGCUUAUGCCAUCACUUCCUCUAUCAUCUCCUUCUACAUCCCUUUGGUCAUCAUGAUUUUUGUCUACAGUCGAGUUUUCCAGGAGGCGAGGCACCAACUAAAAAAGAUUGACAAAAGCGUUGGACGUUUUCAUAACAGCGACAUCAGCAACACUAAUUCUCUGGAGGCCAAUAAUGGGCGUGGCCUUAAAAAGGCAAAGUUUUGCCUUCGGGAACACAAAGCUCUGAAGACUCUGGGCAUCAUCAUGGGGACCUUUACUCUGUGCUGGCUGCCCUUCUUCGUGCUAAACGUGGUGGAGGCUAUAUGGGCUGUGAACAGCCCGAUCACCUUUAUGGUACUUAACUGGAUAGGUUACGCAAACUCUGCCUUCAACCCACUUAUUUACUGUCGGAGCCCUGAAUUCUGGUAUGCAUUCAAGGAAAUCCUGUGCAUGAAGAGGAACCGCCUCAGCAACCCUGGACCUGUGAAUGGAUACAUCUAUAGCAGGCACAGUUGGCAGAGUGAGCAGCAGGGGAGGAGUAAAGGUAACUCAGAAGAGAGUGACCCCACUGAAGGGUUUCUGGGGAAAGGAGCAGGGGUCUGCAGUGUUGUGGACAGAGCAGUGGACCCCAACGGGAAUUGCAGCAAAGACAUAAUGACUGUAACGAGUAUAACGACUGUCCUAUAAACUUGAAGCACUGAGACUUCUGUCAACAAGGAAAUCCAGAUAUGUUUACAUUGCUAUUGUAAACUUUUUUUUUAAAUGGCUGAUGAAGGUAAGGCCAGUCAAAAAUGACUGACAGAGUCUCUGGAGACUUUAAAGAAACAAUAACUCAGCUGUUCAGCUGAGUAAAGUGUCACUUUUCCUCUUCAAACACAGUGACACAAAACUGUAGGUCUCUCACAUUUCCCUUUUGUGUGCGUUUCUUGCAUUUUUUUUUUUUUAAUUUUCACAUCUACCUCAUCAUACCUUUUCAAUAUUUGCAUCUUAGCCGACCAUCUGUCACAUUAAGUCACUGUCCGCAGGAGUUAAAGUAGGGCAGCAUCUCAGCAGUUUAUUUACUCUACUAAAUGGCCUGUGGAUUGUAUGACUGCUAAUUGUCUGGCUUCAACUGAAUUUGUAGCCAUGUUGUUUAUCUUUGUGCUGGAGAAAGAUCCCACAGUUUUUAUUAGCAUAAAAUGUUUCAGAAUUUCAAAGGAGAAGCAGUCGGAGGUUGUAAAUUUCAUCCGAACGUGCCAAUUUGGCACAAAGAGCAAAGUAAUCAGAGAACGAUUGAAGGUGAAGGGUUAAACGUAAUACCUCUUCGAUGCUUUGCUUCAAGAAACACAUUCCAAAUUGACCGAGACUAUAAUCUGGCAUCCUUUACUUUGCUCUUUUUUUCUUUAACGAUUGUCCAAAUCUGAAAAAUGAUCCAAAGCAGGUGUGGCAAAACCUGUCUCAGUCGCUCUGUUUCACUCCUCAGCAAUGUUACGAGGCCCUGUUCCCUUCUAUAGUGUAUUACAGUCUCUUGCAUUUGAGUUUCCAUUGCGGGCGGAUAGCACUAGAGAUAUGAAGCUUCACAGUAAUCUAUGAGUUACUGAUGAAACCUAGGUCAAAGUGAGGGUGGUCAAAACUUGCAAGCAUGUACAGUAUAUGCUGUCUAAGCCAGAUUCCGCUGUCAGGUCAAAAGAUAUAUGUAAUCUUUCGGUGCAAAGUGGAUGCCAUUACAGAUAAUGCGGUUAAUCCUGAGUGUUGACCUUUGAAGCUUGCAGCUGUUAUUAACAUAAAUUCAAAAGUGCACAUUUUAAAGUUUGCUAUUGCACAGUCAGAACCCAUCACUUCUUGCAUUCUGUUAAGUGGCCGACUUAUGUGCUACAUGUGACUCAGUACAUUAUGGCCAUUACGUAAGUGUAAGAAAAACUAUUCAUCUUUCCCUUUCCUUCUAUGCAACAGUUACAGUAGCGCCCUUUGUUGCACAAGCCCUAUUUAUUUAUUAAAAUCUGUGGUUGCUCUGUUUCAGCAUGUACACUGUUUACUGAAACCAGAGAAGCCAUUUCCUUAGUCAUGGCACAAGGGUACAAACCACACGUAAUAAUAAACAGUGUGUCAAAAUAGCCAAGCGAUAACAAAGUUCCACACCCAAGAUGUGGCGGUGGUGAAUAUUCAGGCUAAUAAAGAUAGAUGAGAGGAAGAAAAAGAAAACAGCCCUGAGUAGCGCACCGCUGUCAUGGCUCUCUCACAGGUGCCUCCGCCGUUGUAAAAUCAGUUGAAAAUCAGAAAACCUUUGGAUAAGACACUCAGGAGUCCAUAGAACAGUGCCUUAGCUGUUCCACUUUCUGACAUUAAUUCUCUAAUAAACAAUGCAGGUUAGAAUAAAAUCCGAAGGGGCAAUUUAACAUGAGAUCAGAUACUCAUGGGAACAGAAUUUUUUUUUUUUUGUGACUUACAGUAAACGGUGUGCAAGAUCAUUAGUCUUAAGAGAAGUAAUGAAGGUGUGCCUACAGACAGAACCCCUUUCCCCAGUCAGUUUGGCGGUCUCUAGUAUGUCUUGAUCAGCAUGCUAAAUGUGGCAGAAGGGGGACCAGGGAUUCUCUGCAAGUCUAAAUCGGUGUUAGUGACCUGUGUUAAAGUGCAUGUAGCAUUGCCGGUGCAGGUCUGCUGAUGCUGUAAAAACUGUGAACUUUGUUCUCUCAGAGGAAUCUCCAUGUACUGUAUUGCUAUGUCCGAUCAGCGGUGCUGCUGCUGCAGACCUUAGGAAUAGACGUAAAUAUGGUAUCCUCAUACGUCACUGUUUGCCAUGUGAAAAAACAAGCUUUCCAGGAUGUCGAGCUCAUUAUCUGUUUUUCUUUUUAACAGAUUUACAGCAAAGUAAAUGCAGGGGUUGGGUGUCAUAAGACAUGUUGGUCUGCAUUUUCCCAACAUUUUCACUGUACAGUCUACGCAAAGCACAAAACGGUCAAAGCCUCUAGACCAUUUUCUAUGUUGCUUUUAUUAAGAUGCAAAUAGCUGAGUCUCUGCUGGUUUAAAAGGUCUGCAGCUUAAACACGUGUAAUUUUAGGAGUAAUGCACCAAUGAUCUCUUGCAUGCCAGCUUCACAUUUGUAGUGAGGUGUUUGUGGACUUCUGUGCCAUUUCCUUUAAAAUUGAUCAGUUUGAGCCCAAGUGCUGUAGAUUGUGAACUAUAUAUCCACACUGCUCUCUCCUGGCAGUGGACUCUCCUUGCACCUCAGCUGUCUCAGAGUUACUCAUGGUUACUGUUUCAUCAAUAAGGCUGUAUAAUAAGGGAUGCAAUGCAUGGCUUCACCUCCCGUUGUUGCUGGAGGACACGACACUGUUAUGUGCAAUGAGUCCUGAAUGAAUAGCUGACAGUAUAACAUUCCAAGCAAAGCACAGCUGAUGGUUUCUAACCACAUACCUUGCCUACGGAUGCUUGCAGUCCACAUUUAGUUCUCCCACCAGUGUCUCGCAGAAGAUAAGCGAUUUUAGUGUGGGUACACACAGAAAGAAAUAUAUUUUUAAAACAGAUUCAGGGUUACAGAGAAGUCUUAGAGGUUAUGUUACAAAGUGACAUGCACAUUUCACACAUAUAUUUUUUUGUACGGCAAUCAAUAUCUUGGAGUACCAGGUUAAAUAUGAUACAAGUCUCGGUGGGGUAAAACCAGUGCUUUUCUAACAGAACCACAGUUGUUCAGAUUGAAUAAAAGUCAGUUUUGCCCAUGAGAAGAACUUAGUCAUGAUUUUAAUUAAACUAUUCACCAUCCUAAAAGCAGCACUGUAUAGGACUUUCAUUUACUUUCAGGAAGUAUUUGUAGAGAUUUCGAAUAACCAAAUAGACAUUGGAGUUCAUGAACUUUAAACAGUUUUGCCUUUUCAAUUGUACCAUAAUAUUUCCAUGGAAGUUCUUCUUCCUGUUUGCAGCUCAAAAUAAAGACUGUAGCAUCUCAGCACAGAUGCUGUUCAGUGUGAAGCAUUCAGAGAAAAUGACAUGUGUAAAUGUGAAUUUUUACAAAUGUUAAAUAUUGCUUAAGCCGUCAUAUAAAAAAGUAUGUGAAAUACUUCUUUUUUUUUCCUCUCGUGGCCGGGGUGAAUAAGCUGUCACUCAGCUUACUAAAUGUUUACUAAAUGUUUGCAAGCUAACUUCGCACAAGUUCUUGUCACUGUUUGUUAAGGUAUCGGAGGCUGUUACAAUAUGUGGUGUCUUGUGAUAUUUAUUACAAAAAUAUGUAUAUAUGUGAUGUAACAUUUGUAUGGAAAUAAAUUAUUUAC